AUUCUGUAUCCAGACACUUCUUCCAUCAGCAACCUUCAAAUUUAAAAUAAUACAAGUUUUGUCGUGAACACCCUGAUUUGAGGGAUUGGAUCUAGUCCAAGCCAUCUUUGAGGAGAAAAGGACAUUGAAAUUAGCAAGGUGAGCUGCAACACCAGUACACAACAUGGUCUGCAAGGUAUUCUGAUCUCAUAAACAGAUCAAGAAGCCCAUUCCAAUCCAAUCAAAGCAUGGAAGCUAGAUGGCUAUACUCAUCCCUGUCUUUUCUGUUCUUUGCGCUUGCUGUCAAAUUUUUGUUACAGAGAAAUAAAGGAAAACGCCUAAAUCUUCCACCAAGCCCCCCUGGUUUUCCUAUUAUCGGUCAUCUCCAUCUCCUCAAAGGGCCGCUCCAUCGGACUUUACAUCGUCUUUCAGAGCGACAUGGUCCCAUCGUCUCUCUCAGAUUUGGAUCAAGGCCCGUGAUUGUGGUGUCCUCGCCGUCAGCUGUAGAAGAAUGCUUCACCAAGAACGAUGUCAUCUUUGCGAACCGCCCCAAGUUUGUGAUGGGCAAGUAUAUUGGGUAUGACUAUACUGUUGUAUCACUAGCACCAUAUGGUGAUCACUGGCGCAACCUCCGCCGCCUUAGCACUGUUGAAAUUUUCGCUUCGAAUCGCCUCAACUUGUUUUUGGGCAUUAGAAGAGAUGAAAUCAAGCAAUUACUGCUCAGGCUAUCUAGAAAUUCAGUUGAAAUUUUUGCUAAGGUAGAGUUGAAGUCCAUGUUUUCAGAGCUACUGCUUAAUAUUACAAUGAGAAUGGUGGCGGGGAAGCGGUUUUAUGGUGACAACAUGAAGGAUGUUGAGGAGGCAAGGGAGUUCAGGGAGAUCAGCAAAGAGAUACUUGAAUUUGCUGGGACAUCAAACCCUGGAGACUUCUUCCCAAUCUUACAGUGGAUUGAUUAUCAGGGUUAUAAUAAGAGGGCUCUGAGGCUUGGGAAAAAGAUGGAUGUGUUCUUGCAAGGUCUGCUCGAUGAGUGUCGGAGUAAUAAGAGGAGCGAUUUGGAGAAUAGAAAUACUAUGAUUGAUCAUCUGCUUUCCUUACAAGAAUCAGAGCCAGAAUAUUACACUGAUGAAAUUAUCAAGGGGCUUAUAGUGGCAAUGCAAGUAGGGGGAGCUGACACAACAGCAGUGACAAUAGAAUGGGCCAUGUCUCUUCUGCUCAACCAUCCAGAGGUGUUGAAGAAAGCGAGAGAUGAGUUGGACACUCACAUUGGGCAUGAUUGCUUGAUUGACGAAACCGAUCUUCCCAAAUUGCAGUACCUUCAAAGUAUCAUUUCUGAGUCCCUACGCCUGUUCCCGUCAACCCCGCUUCUAGUACCACAUUUGUCAACAGAAGAUUGCAAACUCGGAGGAUUUGAUGUACCAGGAGGCACUAUGUUAUUAGUUAAUGCAUGGACCCUUCACAGAGACCCUCAGCUGUGGAAUGACCCAACAAGUUUUAAGCCUGAGAGGUUUGAAACAGGGGAAAGUGAGACAUACAAGCUGCUGCCUUUUGGAGUGGGAAGGAGGGCAUGCCCCGGGAUUGGCCUAGCCAAUCGCGUGAUGGGUUUGACUCUAGGCUCACUGAUUCAGUGUUUCGAUUGGAAGAGAGUAGACGAGAAGGAAAUUGACAUGGCCGAGGGACAAGGGCUCACCAUGCCCAAGGUGGAGCCUCUAGAGGCCAUGUGUAAAACAAGACAAGUCAUGAACAAUGUUUCAUCCAAAAUUCUGAACAGUGUCUGAGCAAGUUUUGAUGCCUAUUGUAAACAUAAUUGGCGUUACAGUUAGUGGACAUAGGUAUAUUGUGUAAGUGUUUCUGGUUCUCUUGAUGUUGCUGUGGCAGCGAUGCCUGCCUUGAUCUGUAAUGGAACGUUCAAAAUCGAUACCAUGUACUUCAUAUAUUGAAGUAAUUUUAAUAUAUUCCAGGUGUGGGA